AUGUCUACCACAGAAGAUGUGAAAUAUAAUGAACACAGUCGAAACCAUGGCUGGAACUGUCCGUGGCAUUCGCUACAGGUUGUAGCCUGGAUUGUUAUUGUGUACUUUGUCAUCAUCCACUACGGCUGCUUUAUCCCAAGUUUAAUAUCCGCCUCACAGAUCCCCCUGUACUGUGUGACCACAAUUUUUGUGAUUGGCCUUGUCACCACAUUGGUUGUUGCGACCAGCCUUGACCCAGCCAUUAGCGCUGUCAGAGACAAAGGAGGUAACAAGAAGGUUCAGAAACUGGACAGGUCAAAACACAGACAUGCCAUCGAGGACAAGUUCUGUGCUCUUUGUGAAGUCAGCGUUCAAGACCCCAAAGCCAAACAUUGCAGCGCCUGUAACAAGUGUGUAGCAGGUUUUGAUCACCACUGUCGCUGGUUAAACAACUGUGUGGGUGAUCGUAAUUAUAAAUGGUUCUUUGCCACGCUGCUCUUUGCUAUAAUGGCUUCCCUCAUUGUCACAUGUGUUGGUUUAACACUUUUCAUUGGCUUCUUCAUUGACAAAUCAAAUGGUCACAUUUUUCAAGUCUACAAAGAUGCCAUUGAAAGUGAAAGUGAGAGGCCAGCCACCUUGGAGAUGUUUCAGAAGCCAGUUGCAGACUCCUUGUUCCUGACAUUUGAUGUCAUCACCGUGGUGCUUGCUGUCAUUGCCUUUGGGUUUCUGGUCCACCUGACCCAGUUUCAUAUCUGGCUGAUCUAUAAAGGGAUGUCUACAUAUGACUUUAUCAUCAGAGAGCGAGAGAAGAACUCAGAGAACCAAGUGUCUUCUCUAGGGGAAAUCCCAGUCACAAAGACACAGCCUAGGAAGGCCAACAAGAUUACACCAAGCAAGCAGGAACGAAGUAAUGGGGACAGUGUUAAGGCUGAAGAUGAUCUGAGGCUCUACCAGAAAUCGUUAGAAGUGUCUGAAAUGGUUGAGAGAGGGGAAACCCCACCUCCACAUGCGACACCAAUCAGGGACAAGAAGCCGCAUCGGGAUAAUGGUCAUAUGAAUGAUCCAGAACAUUCUACAGUCAAACGACCUCUACCUUUACCUCAUUUACAGAAAGGCCUCUCUGUGUUGUCGUCUGCUGAUGUUCAGUGUCACACAGAGUCUGAAUACCCAUCAAAUUUACUUUCCUGCCGAAACCAAGGACAGGACAAGCACACAACAGGAUACACUGUCCUGGACAAUGAAUCUCCCACCGCUAAAUUAUCAUCCCAUGAUUCCAGCAUGGAAGGUCAUCCAGACACGAGCUGCGGCUCAAAUAUAAAGACUCUUCCACUGACACCCAUCCCAAAGACAAAAUGGCACCAGCAGCAGAUUCCCCCACUAGAUCUGAGUUCCUUAAGGGCAAGUAAGGAAAGCUCAAACUCAUACAAGCCGUAUACGGGGACAUCUCGAUCAUAUGACACAUACAGGUUCACGGAUGACCACAAUCCACAGGGGUAUCUACAGACAUUAACUGAAUCUGUUAGUGAUACAGUAUUUUAA